UUCCCUCGACUGCGCAGACAUCCUCCCAUAUCCCCUCCCUGCUCGAUAAUCCCCAUCCUCAUAUCGUCGAUGACUUCUUAGACCUGUCGUUGGCGACGAGCAAGGAGCGGGUUGUAAGUAUUUUGUGUUUGUGGUCGUGGUUGGAGCCCAACGGGACCCGGAAAGAAGAGAAUGGCCCAGUGUCCCACAGUCCGGUCAUGGACAUGUGGAUCUCCAUCUGGACAUCCUUCACUGCAUAGAUCCUAGGGCCCGCGUCUGAUAAGGAAUUUGAGCGGAGUGACUUCGUUUCUCAGCCGUCAGAGAAUCGUUGCAUUUGCUUGCUUCCUCGGUGUAUUCGCCCGAUGCAGGAUGGUCGUUCAACUGGGAUUACCGGGAGCAGGUUGUUGCGUCAAGUCACGCGUCUCGAACCUGGCUGGAAGUCCUCGACAGCCUUCGGCCGAACACGAGUGCUUACCACACUACCAGUGGGCGAUGUGACAUGGGGGUGCACGGGCGUUCAUGGCCGUUGCCUCGUCCGGGCCGGUUGCGGUGAGAAGAUGGGAGGGAGGGGGGGAGUACAGCAGCUUCGAGCUCGGGCGUGCACUCUCACGGAAAGCUGUUCGGGCCAGGAGAGGAGGCAUGGAGCAAUCAGCGAACCGGCACUCGCGCUUGUGGAUGAAGAGAGGAGAGAGCGGGAAAGAGAGCGGAUGCCUAACGAGCGCUGUCGCUUGGCACGGCACCCAUCAUUCGGCAGCCUGGAACUAUUUGGUAUCGUUUCGUACCUUCCUUACUCCGCCCUUUUCUUCCGACCUCCCUCACUCGACCCACUCCCCGCCACGCUACGUGCGCAAGCCGUCGCGGCCUUUUCCUCUCUUCGUCCAACUCAGCGGCGGGAAUCCCGUCCAUCAUCAUCAUGUUACCUCACGUCCUCCUUAUGCUUUUGGGCCCGCUCCUCGCGUGGGCUCAGGAUGACGGCAGUUUGAGCGGAGCGACCUCUAGCGCCGCUGCGGCCGGAUACAACUGCGACGCAUCCAAGUGCAAGCUCCCCAAAUGCAACUGCGCCAGCACGAACCCGCCGGGUGGCCUGAAGCCUUCGGACGUCCCGAUGUUCAUCGUGUUCACCGCCGAUGACGCCAUCCAGAGCUACACGCUCAACUCGGUCAACCAAUUCCUCGGGCACCGCAAGAACCCUAAUGGCUGCCAACCGAAAAUGACAUAUUACACCUCGCUCAACUACACGAAUUACACUCUGGUCACAGAUUGGUAUGUCGCGGGCAACGAGAUCGCUGACCACACGAUGACACACGUCGGUUCCCCGCCGGAAAACGAGAUUGAUGGGAACUUGAUCGCCUUGAACGCUCUGGCCGGGAUCCCCAUGGCGUCCAUCCAGGGAUUCCGUGCACCGUACCUGAACUACACGGUCGACACCCUCAAGUACCUAGCCAAGGCGGGAUUCACAUACGACUCAAGCGCAUCUGCGUCCAUUCCCGUCACGGAUCCGGGCACGGACGCCUACUGGCCGUACUCUCUGGAUUACGGCAUGGCGAACGAUUGUCUGCAGGUGCAGGGCUCGUGCAAAGGGCAGCCCGUUUUGCCUGGCUUCUGGGAGAUUCCGAUGUAUGCGUUCUUCGAUCAGCGCGGACCUGCCGGACCGCAUCUCAUGGACCCUUGGCUCGAUACCGCCAACGGCAACUCUGCGGUCAACGAUUCUGCGACGUUGGAGUAUAUGAAGGCGACCUUUACUGCGCAUUACAACGGCCAGCGCCAGCCCAUCGGUCUCUACACCCACCCCAUCCACGUUGCGCCUGAUUACCCCGGUGUCCAGCCGCUCAACUCGACCAUCAACAUGAUCAACCAGUUUUUGGACUGGGCCCAAGUCCAACCCAAUGUCUGGAUCGUGUCCUCGGAACAAUUGCUCGCCUGGACGAGGAAUCCUGUUCCCUACUCGCAACUGGACAGUUUCCAGCCGCUCAAGUGUUCGGCACCUGCUGUUGAUGCCUCGGUCAAGAUCUGCAACGGAGUUCCGCAAAACGAGGAUGGACUCCUCUCGCACUGCCCUUUCUCGGACUUCCCUUUCUUCACAUGUUAUGGUUGCCCCGAAACCGAGCCCACUGUUGACAACCCGAACCCGGCCCAACAAAUUCCGACUGGCCAGCAGGCUCGGUUCCGCCUGCCCUCCAACUGCUCGACUCCAUUCUGGGACCCUAUCGCCGGCAAGUGCAUGUGCACGGGCUCGAACUGCCAAUUCAAUGACAUCUCGCGACCCGUUGGCGCGAAUGGUGCCAAUUUGACGGGCGGUGGAACGGGCGGCGGAGGCUCCGCCGCGACCGCCAGUGCGACCGCCUCGUAUGUGCCGUUCAAUGGCCAGGGCGGCUCCAGUGCGCGCGGUCUGUCGGCUGGGGUUUGGGCUGCGACUGCAGUCGGUGCGUUCGGUGCGCUCGUUGGCGUCGUCGGUGUUUUCGGGUGGUGAUCAUUGGACAACUUGACUCUUGCAUCUCACACAUACACAUUCGCUACUACAGUAUACAUACUCGCUAUCUACCGCCAUGGACUAGUAAAUUAAUCGUGUUCUGCGCUGGUCGACUGACCGGCCCCCCAUGUGGCGUGCAGCUCCAAGAGCGGCGAUCACUCCGGGCUGUCGCUUGGCUAGCGGCUUCUCUGUCCCUGACAUCAUCGUCAUCAGCUCAGCUGAGUCUCCGAGUAUGUACAUACGCUCAUUGGACGGGAGCCGGACAGAAGGAGCCACCAGCUCUCGUCAUGGCGCAGAUCAGCAGCCACAAGGCUGCUCGCUGACGCAUGCGACAGCUUGCACUACAAUCGCGCUCACUAUCAAGGACAUGUCACUCCGGGGACAGACCCCAGCCUGCCCAUUCUGUCAUGCUCCAGUUCAUCUCGCUUCCUGGGCUUCUGCAUCAAGAAUCUGCUACAGUUGUAAGGUCGUACUCGUACAGGACAGGUAGGGACAGAUCGUGGUUGGUCGCAUGCACUCCCGCGCUCCCACGAAUGGAUCUAAACACCGUUUCACAUCCACGCCGCUCUCACGCGCGACGGGAUGCAGUGGGUCCCGAUGUACGCACUCACCCCGGACAACAUCGCCUCGUUGCGGGGCGCAGAGAACGCACGGAUGAUGGUCAUCGGGAUGUUCUGUCUCUCCGUGUAUGAUGUGAGCGCGCUCCGUCGCAGUGGUCCUCUCGCAGACACUGAACUGACCCGUCGGCCGCCCCAGUUGUUGAUCAGCUUGGACGACGAAAUCCGAUGCUUUUGGACCGGACGCUGGACACUCUCUCGCGUGCUCUUCUUCAUUGCAAGUCACAUCCAGCAGCAACCGAUACCUCAAUCCCGCGAUAUGUGUCCUCGCGCUAGCCUGCGUGUCUCUCCCGGAUCCGAGCAUCAGAGUGACUGCAGGCAGGGAAUCCAGUUGCUCUUUGUGGUCAGCACUCUAGCACUCGGGAUCGUCCAAGCCAUGCUCGCUAUCCGGGUCUGGUACUUGUUCGCCAGCAGCCGCGCGAUGCGACUGUUCAUAGUCGCUGCUUUCGUGGUCACCAACGUGCUGUCGCUGUAUCUUGCUGUGCGAGAGGGGGUGGAUAUGAAGGUGCAGCCUCACAUACCCGGUGUCCUGGGAUGCCAUGCCACCCGGCCGCCGAUGUUCUGGAGACUCUUUUUGCCGUCUCUUGUCCUUCAUGUGAGGUUUUUAAUCCUCUUCGAGUUCCCAUCUCCUGAUAUCGUCUUCCAGACUGUCCUGUAUAUCUUGACUGCAUAUCGAGCACUGCGCAACAGGGCGGUGUUCAAGGAGGCACCGAUUCUCAAGCGCCUGCUCAGGGACGGAGGAUUCUUCUAUUUUACCGUCUUCUUAUCCGUUCUGUUCACUUCCAUCGGCUCGUUCCUGAAUCAAUACCCAUCGAUCAACGUGCCUGCCAUCUUCUCAAACUUCUCGGUAACGACGACCUCGAUCGCCGCCUCGCGCAUCAUGCUCAGCAUCCACUCCCUCGCGCACAAACUCGGCUCCGACUCCGCGUGGCUGCUCAACAACGUCGAGCUCAGCCGCGUGCCGUGGCGCCGCGGCGCGACCGAGGGCGAGAUCAUCGUCGAGCGCUUCUCCACCGAGCGCCCGGAUGUGGAUGUGGAUGUGGAGACGGGCGGCGCGGGUGGGGUGCCGCUCAAGGAGAGCCGCGUGGGGCGCUGGACGGACGAGACGUGGUAGGAUCCCCGGAUGGAUUGUCUGGAUUGGAUUUAUGUAUGUACAGUACAGUGCGCAUUUUGACAUUGCUGGUCCUGGGUGACCAACAGGCUGGAUUCCUGCACAUCAAUAUUCAAAAGCCAAACGA